UAGAGGCCAAGCAGAGCGGAGUGACUACUCGGGCUCGCGUAGCAGUCUCCCUUCCCAGUUCCUGUUUCCGCCUUUCAGUCUUCAGACAGCUUAACAACUUAAAGCAUCAUCGCCAGGCAGAAAAUAGACCUUGAAGAAAUCCAAGCUUUAUGAGGUAAAGCCCGAAAGAAGUUGCCCUCUGAAGUCCGUUGUGAGUGGUCUGUGAGGCGUGUGUUAAGAGGGAAGUAUUCUACAAGGCCACUUCAUAGAGACCCAGAGAGACAUCUGUCAAUCAGUCAGUCAGGACUACAGAGACACAGAGGGUGACAGACCAGACUACCAGACCCAGGAUCAGCACACGCCCAGUCCAGCCUAGACCAGAGAGGACUCGGACAUCCUAACUCCCUGGAGGAACCAUAGCCAUGCAUUAACUAACCCCACCAACCCUACCUGAACUACCUUUCACCAUCUCCGUCCCCCCCCCCCCCCCUACGCCCUCCGGCAUUCUCACCAUGCCUCAAGGCCUAUUGUGACGGGAGUGCUGUUCACCCCCCCCCCCAUCCCUCACCCCUCCACCCCAGCCCCAGAGGGGUGAAAGAUGCGCCCAUGGGCAGGUUCGUGGCGCUGGAUCAUGCUCGUGCUCCUGGCGUGGGGCACACUGCUGUUCUACAUCGGAGGUCACCUUGUGAAGGACAGCGAGCAUCCGGAGAGAUCCAGCAGGGAGCUGUCCAAGAUCCUGGCCAAGCUGGAGAGACUGAAACAGCAGAACGAAGACCUGAGACGCAUGGCUGAGACACUCAGGUUACCAGAGGGCCAGUCUGACGGGGGCCCGGUGGUGAGUGCAGGCAGACUGCGGAUCCUGGAGGAACAAUUGAUCAGAGCUAAGGAACAGAUCAACUCCUACCGCAGCCUGCCUGGAGACGGGCCAGGUAGGAACCAGGAAGAGCUGCGGAGGAAGAUAGAGAACGGGGUGAAGGAGAUCUGGUACUUUGUCCGCAGUGAGGUCAAGAAGCUGGGUCACAUGGAGCAGGGGGACCUGCAGAAACACAUUGACACACUGCUGCAGGAGCUGGGACACCAGCAGAGGUCCAUCAUGACUGACCUGCACUACCUGAGCCAGGCUGACGGAGCAGGAGACUGGAGAGAGAAGGAGGCCAAGGACCUGUCUGACCUGGUACAGAACAGGAUCACAUACCUCCAGAACCCCCAGGACUGCUCCAAAGCCAGGAAGCUGGUGUGUAACAUCAACAAGGGCUGUGGCUACGGCUGCCAGCUGCACCACGUGGUCUACUGCUUCAUGAUCGCCUACGGCACCCAGCGUACCCUCAUCCUGGAGUCCCAGAACUGGCGCUACGCCACGGGAGGCUGGGAGACCGUCUUCCUCCCGGUCAGUCAGACGUGCACCGAGCGCACCGGGGUCACCACCGGACACUGGUCAGGCGAGGCUAACGACAAAGACGUCCAGGUGGUAGAGUUACCAAUCGUGGACAGCCUGCACCCCCGCCCCCCCUACCUGCCCCUAGCCAUUCCCGAGGACCUGGCCCAGCGCCUCCACCGGCUCCAUGGUGACCCUUCCGUCUGGUGGGUGUCUCAGUUUGUCAAGUACCUGAUCCGGCCCCAGGCCUGGCUGGAGAAGGAGAUCCAGGACACCACCGCCAAACUGGGCUUUAGGCACCCCAUCAUAGGGGUCCAUGUGAGACGGACAGACAAGGUGGGGACAGAGGCAGCCUUCCACCCUAUAGAGGAGUACAUGGUACAUGUAGAGGACCAUUUCCAACACCUAGCCAGGCGCAUGCUAGUGGACAAGAAGAGAGUCUACUUGGCCACUGACGACCCCUCACUACUACAGGAGGCCAAGGCUAAGUACCCAGAAUAUGAGUUCAUCAGUGAUAACUCCAUCUCGUGGUCUGCUGGGCUGCAUAACCGCUACACCGAGAACUCUCUGAGAGGAGUCAUCCUAGAUAUUCACUUCCUGUCCCAGACAAACUUCCUGGUCUGCACCUUCUCCUCACAGGUGUGCCGUGUGGCCUAUGAGAUCAUGCAGACCCUCCAUCCUGACGCCUCAUCUCACUUCCACUCCCUGGAUGACAUCUACUACUUCGGGGGCCAGAACGCCCACAACCAGCUAGCCGUGUACGCCCACCAGCCCCGGAGCUCCGACGACAUCCCCCUAGAGCCCGGCGACCUGAUCGGGGUGGCGGGGAACCACUGGGACGGCAACUCCAAGGGCAUCAACCGCAAGACGGGCCGCACCGGCCUCUACCCGUCCUACAAGGUGAAGGAGAAGAUCGAGACCGUAAAGUAUCCCACGUACCCCGAGGCAGACAAGAUGCUGAAUCAGUAGAGAGAGACUGAGAUACAGACUGCUGCCCAGACAGACACUGCUAACUUAUGAGAGAAAACGUGGACCUUUAGCCCGAGAGAGGGGACGAAGGGGAAUGCACUUUGAAUGAGUGUGGGUCUUGGUCAGUUGAAGUGUGUAUGAGUGUGUGUGUGUGCGCGUUUGUGAAAUGCGGCAUGCGGAGUAUCUACAGGGUAUCUGACUUACUCCUCACCAACCUGACCCUCCGGGACUAGGACCCUCCAGUGACUAACUCCGUCAGGGGGGUAAAAUAAAAGACUACAAUUAGCAAAGAAAUGAAAGAAAAAACGUAAAUAAGGAAUAAACAAAUGAUAGCACUCCGGUGGAAUGAUGAAGGGAUCGCCCAAUCAGAGCUCUUUAUUUAAAUAAUAGUUGAAGUGACUGAGAAACCUCAGAAUGAUGACUGAAAAAAUAACUACAAAGAGAACUAAUUGUGAACUGUAAGAGCCAACAAACAAACUCUUGACUUUCGCCUCUCCCCUUGUGCUGUUCUCUUCUCUUCUUGUGGACAUUGGUUGUAGCCAAUUGUUUUCUUUCUUCCUUUCCUUCCUGCCCCUGCUUCCUCUCCUCCUUUCACUCCUUUCUUCACUCACUCCGUUUCAACUUACGCCAACUCAUGCAUUUUUUUCUGUCCCACCCUCUAUUAAUUUUUCACCGCCAUAUUGUGCUUUUGGAUAAGUGAUUUUAAUGUUUUUAGUUGUUGUCGUUGGUGGGUGCGAGAGUGUGCGAGAGUGUGAGCAUUCAAGCAUGUGUGUGGGGUGUGUGUGAGUCCAAAUAGGGUGCCUACUAAGGAAAAUGGCUUCUGUACUUCUUCUCUCCAAGUGUCUCUGUUUUUGUUUGUGUCAAAGUGACGUCAGAGCCAUAAGGACCCAGGCCUUGCCAUGCAGAUACUGCACAUGCAGAAUAAUACAUACUGUACAUAAGAGAAAACGGUGUAUGCAGAAUACCACAUUCAGAAUACUGUAUAUGCAGAAUACUACAUGUAGGAUACUGUAUAUGCAGAAUACUACAUGUAGGAUACUGUAUAUGCAGAAUACUACUUGUAGGAUACUGUAUAUGCAGAAUACCACAUUCAGAAUACUGUACAUACAGAAUACUACAUGCAUAAUAGAGAACUGUAUAUGCAGAAUACUGUAUAUGCAGAUUACUAUAUAUGCAGAAUACUGUAUAUGCAGAAUACUAUAUAUGCAGAAUACUGUAUAUGCAGAAAACUGUACACUCCAGUCCAGACUCACUUAACUGUGUCUUACUCAUUUUCUGUUGUUCAUGUCCUUUUUAAAAUGUUAUUUUAAUGUUAUUGAAUUUGAAAGAAAAAUUAAAAUUGACAACUACACUUUAAAAGAUUACAAACAAUGAUUAUUUACGUAUGAUGAUGAUAGCAUUGAUGAAGAUGAUGAUUAACGAAGAAUAUGAUUAUUGUCCACCAUGAAGACAUGUUCAUAUUUUAUGUUUCUGGGCAUUGUCUUUGAUAAAAGCAGAUCAAAUAAAGUGAUCGGCUCAACUUG